CAGGAUAGAUGGAUGUGAAGACAUUGAUAUACUGUGGGCAAGAUGAGAGGCUGAGGUUAAUGUGUGGGUGGCCAAUCGGAUGAGCCCGUGACACCCUUAUAUCCAACCUCUCACUGGCUCUUGUCUUCAAGAAUCUAAACAUCUUAACCUGUUGGCAUAAUACCAUCUCCUGUUACACUUUCAAGCUAGGUGGGCACAAGGUUUCUGAUGAGAAGAGAUAGAAGGAAAAUAUAAAGGUCCAAUUGAAGACUAUCUCCGUACUGCAGAUGGACAUAUUGCACUCCACGAUCCACGAAGACAAUCGAUCGUAAAACAAUGCUCCCUUCGAAGAAACACCGACGCAAGAAGGAAACAAAAGAAAAAGAUCCGCAAGAAAUGAAAAGAUCAUCGAACUGAAAGCGCCAUCCAGCUAAAGCAAGUCUCUUCCCCAAUCCAGCACUUUGUCCUGGAAGCCAUUAUCCCCAAGUAAGUAAACAUGAUUGAUAAAAAUCGGUACGGUCCACGUUGUCCAGGGGACAGACCGACAAGGUCAAAGGAAAGCGAAAUAAGCGAACAGGGCUGUACGCCGAAUCGCGACAGUUUCAGCGCCUCUCGGCGCCCGCACCCCAACCGGCUAUCCCGCACGCAAUGGGUAGGUAUUAUCGUAUCAUCGAGGUCAUAUACGGGUCGUGAAGCUUUAGCACAUUUCGCAGCAUUCGAUACAUUCCAUACAGCAUUCGCAACUCUCUUCACACAGGAAACAACAACAAAGGGUGGCCAAGCAGGCACCAAGGCAGCCGUGACUUUUUUUCUCCUGCUGCUGUGGCGGCUGCUGUGGCGGCGGCUGCUGAUAUCCCAUGGGAGCUUGAGGUGCGUAUUGUCCGGGAGGAGGACCCUGAGGAGGGUAACCACCGUACUGUUGGGGAGGGUACCCGCCCUGAGGAGGACCGUAGUUACCGGGAGGAGGACCGUAGGCAGGCUGGGGAGGAUAGGGGGGCUGUUGUUGGUAACUCAUGAUGAUAGAUAUCUGUGGGCAGAACGACUGUCGCACCGGUCAGUAUGGACUGAUCAAAUCAAGCUUCGAAAUGAUGGAAUCGGUUGAAGAAGAAAAUUAAGAUGAUGGGGAAGAGGCUCUCGUGGGCACGGUAAGGGCCAAUGAAAGGGGGUAGAAGGUACCUAAGAAAUGCCAAGUACGAACGGGUCGAACAAGAGACAAGAACUUGAAGGGGGGAAAAGGAAAGAGAGAGUAGAAAAGUGGAAUUAAGAACCAACGGGGGAGAAAAGCUGACAAGGUCCGAAGCGGAGAAAUUCAAAAGAGGGAAUGGAAUUGAAAACAGAGGAGAAGCCGAUCGCCCCGUGUGGCUCAGAUUGCACUCUUUAAAGAUUGAGUCCAAUCCAAUUUAGAAUUUCCAGAAUUUCGUUGCCAUUCUCACCCAAGAAAUUUUCUCAUCACUAAGCACUUCGUAUACCCACUAGGAAGCAAUCGAUGUUUCCACCCGGACUCCCUUGUCCUCAACCGUCGGUCUCAGGCUCUCAGCUGCUUUUCCCGGCAUUCCGCAUUGGGGCUGGUGUGAAUCCUGCCCGUGCAAACUUUGUUAUCACUGACUGGCCCCCAUUUUUAAACACC